CAAAAAAAAAACACUGAACAAGUGUUCCUUAUUAACACUUCCUUUAGUAUAUAUGCGGCACACAUCAGUGUACAAACACAUAAUAAUCGAUCAUGGCUCCUGAGACCGACAACUAUGAUGAGGUGAAGAUCAUAGAAAAUUGUCAAGUUGCUCCACCACAAGGUUCUCUUCCCUCAACCACACUCCCCUUCACUUUCUUCGAUAUUCAAUGGUUCCUAUGCCACCCCGUCAAGCGCAUCUUCUUCUAUGACUUCCCUUACCCUACCAACCACUUCCUUCAAUCAUCACUCCCUCCUCUCAAACACUCUCUUUCCCUCGCUCUUCAACACUUCUUCCCUUUCGCCUCCAAACUCAUCUGGCCUCCACCACCGCACGAACCUUUCAUGCGCUAUCACCAAGGUAGCGACUCAGUUGCAUUCACGGUUGCGGAGUCCAAAGCUGAUUUCAAUCUUCUUGUAUCUGAUUCACCACAAAAUGCAAGAGAUUGGCACCCUUUUGUUCCUUCUUUGCCUCCACAAGAUACCUUAGAGAAUGGCACUCGUGUGAUCCCUCUAAUGGCGAUUCAAGUAACCAUGAUACCGAAUUCUGGAUUCGCUAUUUGUCUCACUUUCAACCACCUUGUUGCAGAUGGCAAGUCUCUUCAUCAUUUCAUCAAGUUUUGGGCCACACUUUGCAAGGAGAUAGUAACAAAAGGAGGUAAUAACUUGGGCUCCUUUCUUGAAGGGUCUAAUAGUAAUUUAACCCUACCUUCCCAUGAUAGAAACAUGAUUAAGGACCCAAAAGGGCUGAAACAAGUUUUCUUGGAAGAGCUGAAAAAAUCUUAUUUUGAGAGCUUGGAAUUCCGAGGGCUUGUUGAAGAUGUUUCUACCAACAAGGCACGUGGUACGCUCGUGGUGACACGUGACCAAGUUGACAAAUUAAAAAAAUGGGUGUCGCUUAAAUAUAGCGACACCUAUGGUGAUAACUCUGAGUCAUUGCAACACAUUUCAACCUUUGUUGUCACAAGCUCUUUGGUUUGGGUUAGUAUAAUAGAAUCAGAAGAACAAUGCAAUAAUAAUAAUAAGUAUGAUGAAAAUUGCCAUUUGGUGUUUCUAGCUGAUUGCCGUGGCCAUGUUGAAUUUUGUGUACCUCAAAAUUACUUUGGAAAUUGUCUAGACUCUGGGUUUGUGACAUUCAAAAGGGGUGACAUAUUAGGAGAAAAUGGGAUUGUUAGGGUGGCAAGUGCAAUUGAGAGUGAAAUUAAAGAGUUGAAAAGAGAAGCAUAUAGAGAUGGUGAAAAUGUGAUGGAAAGGUAUAAGGAAUUAGCUACGUCUGGAGAAAGAUUAAUCAUAGUUGCAGGGUCACCAAGGUUGGGAGUGUAUGAAACUGAUUUUGGAUGGGGGAAGCCUAGGAAAUCUGAAGCGGCACAUCUUGAAUCAUCAGGGUCAAUUUCUCUUUCUGAUAGUAAGAAUAAAGAAGGAGCAAUUGAAGUUGGAUUUUCACUUGAAUGGCCUCGAAUGAAUCUAUUCAUCAACAUCUUUGAACAACACAUCAAAAGUGUUCACCAAACUUUGUCAAUGAUGACCAAUUUGAAUUGAAUUAGGCAAUAUGAUAAUAUAUGUAACGAGACCUCUAUUAUUGUUCUGAUUGGCUUUCAUAUAUAUUAUUUUAGUAGUUUAAUAAUUUCUAUCUCAAUCAGGGUAGGGUACGUUGGUCAUGGGCUAGCUCAUGGCUAUAAUGUCUAUUACCAUGUGGGGUAAGACUUUGGAGAUGAUGAUAUUAUGAAAUAAAGGGUAAAUUACUUUUCCUUCUCUCGAACAUUGUUCAUAAAACUUUUUAUGUGCUUGAUAUCACCG